UCCGGGAACGCGCCGGCGUUUCCACGCCUAGCGGCGCCAGAGCCCUGCAACGAAAGAAGUUCUCACAGACUGUAGGAUCCCGAAGUUCUAUGGGGCUGGGCCCACGCUCCCCCCGCAAGGCGGGGCGCCAGUUCCCAGCUGGCGGCAAGCGGGGGCGCGGGGCCAAAGGGUCGGGGCGACCCCCAUCAGGCCGCGAACGGCAGCCCCGAUCGCCUGCGGACUGGAGCUCGAAGCCGGCUAUAGAUGAGCAUCCACACCUGAGCUCCGAAGCUCUGGGGUACUUCCGACGGGCGCUGUCAGCGCUGAAGGAGGCGCCUGAGGCCGGGGAAGAACGAGAGCUGAUGGUGCAUAAUAUUUUGAAGGAAGUGGAAUCUCAAGCCCUAGCCUUAGCCACGAACAGGACCGGUAGUGAGAUGCUGCAAGAACUCUUGGGAUUCAGUCCUUUGAAACCGCUAUGUCAAAUUUGGGCUGCUCUGCGCUCCAACUUUCGUUUAGUGGCCUGUCAUCGUUGUGGGGUCCACGUAUUGCAAAGUGCUUUGCUGCAGUUGCCUCGAUUGCUGGCGAGUCCUGCAGAAGAGGAGAGGAAGGAGGAGGAGGAGGAGGAAGAGGAGGAGGAGAAAGAUGGAAAGAAUGGUACUUUGGAGGCCCUGGAGGAGCUGGUCCUGGGACUGGGCUCUGAGAUGUGUGAUGAUUUUCUUUUUUACUGUGGAGACACACAUGGCAGCUUCGUGGUGAGAACUCUGCUGCAGGUGUUAGGAGGGACUCUUCUGGAGUCUGAGAGAGCCAGGCCGCAUGGCUCCCAGUCAUCUGAAGCACUAAGGGCCCCAACUCGGGAAUGUAAGCCAACUGAUUUUGAGGUCCCUGAAACCUUCUUGCAUUGUCUUCAGGACCUGAGCUCCUGUUUUCUGAAGGACAUUGCUGUGUUUAUCACUGACAAGAUCUCCAGCUUCUGCCUUCAAGUAGCCUUACAGAUCUUACACCGAAAACUGCCCCAGCUUUGUGCCCAUCUCUGCAGUGCUACGAUUGGCUACCUGAGUACUCGUAAUUCCUCAGCAGAUGGCAGCCCCCUACUGCUAUUUCUGCGGGAUCAGACGAGCUCUAGACUCUUAGAGCAGGUGCUUCUAGUGUUGGAGCCCCAAAAGCUCCAGAGUCUCUUUGAGGAUCAUUUCCAGGGUCAGCUACAGACCUUGGCUGCACAUCCCAUUGCUAACUUCCCUUUGCAGCGCUUAUUGGAUGCAAUCACUGCCCCUGAGCUGCUGUCCCCUGUGUUUGAGGAGCUGAGUCCUGCCCUGGAAGCUAUCCUGGCCCAGGGCCACACAGGGGUAGUUGUUGCCCUGGUGGGAGCCUGCCGCAAAGUUGGGGCUCACCAAGCCCAGGUCUUGCAGCUAUUGUUAGAGGCGUUCCACUGUGCAAAGCCCUCUUCCCGGCAUGUGGCCUGUGUGCCUCUCUUUGCCACUUUGAUGGCUUACGAGGUGUACUAUGAGCUUACAGAGGAGGAAGGGGCAGUGCCUGCAGAGCACCAGGUGGAAAUAGCCACAUCCAGGGCCCUUGGCGAAGUGACAGUACUUGGUUCUCUACUGCUUCAGCAUCUGCUGCACUUCUCUAACCCUGCUCUUGUACUUCGAAGUCUGGGUGCCUUGACAGGACCACAACUUCUGACUCUGGCCCAGAGCCCUGCUGGUUCUCAUGUACUGGAUGCCAUCCUGACCAGUGCCUCUGUGACAUGCAAGCAGCGCCGCCGUGUGCUGCAGACCCUAAAGGGACAAUAUGUGGCUUUGGCCUGUAGUCGCCAUGGCAGCCGUGUUCUAGAUGCCAUUUGGAGUGGAGCAGCUUUGGGCGCUCGGAAGGAAAUCGCUACAGAGCUAGGGGAGCAAAACCAGGAGCUGAUAAGAGACCCUUUUGGCCACCACGUGGCUCGAAAUGUGGCCCUGACUACCUUCCUGAAGCGGCGAGAAGCUUGGGAACAGCAGCAGAGUGCAGUGGCCAAACGGAGGCGGGUGUUGAAUGCAAUACUUGAAGACUAAGGCCCUGGGAUCUGGGACUGGGCACUGAUAGGGAGGGUGAAUGAGAGUAUCUAUCCUGUCCCUUUCCUGCUUUAAAUUGGAGUCAAAAGUCUUGGUAAACAUUUCUAUAUUUUUA